AUGGCCAAGGUCCCGGAGCUAGAAAACACCUUCCUGCAGGCGCAGCCUGCGCCCCAACUGUCCCCGGGGAUCCAGGAAGACUGCUGUGUGCAGCUUCUGGGCAAGGGCUUGCUAGUCUAUCCGGAAGAAAGAGUGUACCUGGAGGCCGAAGCGCAACCCGGGGACGAGCAGGGCGGCGGGGAGAAAGGCGAAGACCUGGAGCUGCCGGGGGCAGUGAAAUCAGAAAUGCACUUAAACAAUGGUAACUUUUCCUCUGAAGAAGACGAUGCCGACAACCACGACAGCAAAACCAAAGCAGCAGAUCAAUACCUGUCUCAGAAGAAAACCAUCACGCAGAUUGUGAAGGAUAAAAAGAAGCAGACACAGCUCACGCUGCAGUGGCUUGAAGAGAAUUACAUUGUAUGUGAAGGAGUUUGCUUACCACGGUGCAUUCUUUAUGCACACUACUUAGAUUUCUGUAGGAAAGAGAAAUUAGAGCCAGCCUGUGCGGCCACCUUUGGAAAGACAAUUCGCCAGAAGUUUCCCCUCCUAACAACAAGGCGGCUUGGAACAAGAGGUCAUUCAAAGUAUCAUUACUAUGGGAUUGGCAUCAAAGAGAGCAGUGCAUAUUACCACUCCGUUUAUUCCGGAAAAGGCUUGACAAGGUUUUCUGGAAGCAAGCUAAAGAAUGAGGGUGGCUUCACUCGUAAAUAUUCGCUUAGCUCAAAAACUGGAACACUUCUUCCAGAAUUCCCCAGCGCUCAACACCUUGUAUACCAAGGAUGCAUUUCUAAGGACAAGGUUGAUACGCUCAUAAUGAUGUACAAAACUCACUGCCAGUGUAUCCUGGACAAUGCAAUUAAUGGAAACUUUGAAGAGAUCCAGCAUUUUUUAUUACACUUUUGGCAAGGAAUGCCUGACCAUCUUCUUCCCUUACUUGAAAAUCCUGUUAUCAUUGACAUUUUCUGUGUUUGUGACUCAAUUCUUUAUAAGGUCCUUACAGAUGUACUAAUUCCUGCAACAAUGCAAGAAAUGCCUGAAAGCUUAUUAGCAGACAUAAGAAAUUUUGCUAAAAAUUGGGAACAGUGGGUUGUUUCAUCCUUGGAAAACUUGCCAGAAGCCCUAACUGACAAGAAAAUACCUAUUGUGCGAAGAUUUGUAUCUUCUCUGAAACGACAAACAUCUUUCUUACAUCUUGCUCAGAUUGCCAGACCAGCUCUCUUUGAUCAGCAUGUCGUUAAUUCUAUGGUAUCUGAUAUUGAAAGGGUUGAUUUGAACAGCAUUGGCUCUCAAGCCCUUCUUACCAUUUCAGGCAGCACAGACACUGAAUCUGGUAUCUACACUGAACAUGACUCUAUCACUGUGUUCCAAGAACUGAAGGAUCUCCUUAAGAAGAAUGCCACCGUGGAGGCUUUUAUUGAAUGGUUGGAUACUGUGGUAGAACAGAGAGUUAUUAAGACCAGCAAACAAAAUGGAAGGUCAUUAAAGAAGAGAGCUCAAGACUUUCUGUUAAAGUGGAGUUUUUUUGGUGCUCGAGUAAUGCAUAAUCUCACCUUGAACAAUGCAUCCAGUUUUGGUUCUUUUCAUUUGAUUCGAAUGCUUCUUGAUGAAUACAUUCUCCUGGCCAUGGAGACCCAGUUUAAUAAUGACAAAGAGCAGGAGUUACAGAAUUUAUUGGACAAGUAUAUGAAUAAUUCAGGUGCGAGUAAAGCUGCUUUCACUGCUUCUCCGAGUUCAUGCUUUCUGGCCAACCGUAAUAAAGGGAGCAUGGUUUCCAGCGACUCUGUGAAGAAUGAAAGCCAUGUAGAGACAACCUAUCUCCCUCUGCCAUCCAGUCAAUCUGGAGGCCUAGGCCCUGCUCUGCACCCGUUCCCUGCUGGGAAUACAGACAACAUGCCGCUCACAGGUCCAAUGGAGCUUUCACAGAAUGCUGGUCCUAUGAUGACACCACCCAUUUCUCCAGCCAUGGCAAGCCGAGGAAGUGUCAUAAACCAAGGACCAAUGGCAGGGAGACCCCCAAGUGUGGGUCCAGUACUGUCAGCUCCAUCACACUGCUCCACAUACCCAGAGCCCAUUUAUCCUACUCUCCCUCAAGCCAACCAUGACUUUUACAGCACCAGCUCUAACUACCAGACUGUGUUUAGGACACAGCCCCACCCCACAUCAGGACUCUAUCCUCAUCACACCGAGCAUGGUCGAUGCAUGGCUUGGACUGAACAGCAGCUUUCAAGAGACUUCUUCAGUGGUAGCUGUGCGGGGUCUCCAUAUAACUCCCGGCCACCAUCCAGCUAUGGCCCAUCCCUGCAAGCCCAGGAUUCGCACAACAUGCAGUUUUUAAACACAGGAAGCUUCAAUUUCUUGAGCAACACAGGAGCUGCCAGCUGCCAGGGAGCAACACUGCCUCCUAAUUCACCAAAUGGAUACUAUGGAAGCAACAUAAACUACCCAGAGUCUCAUAGGCUUGGAUCAAUGGUGAAUCAGCACGUUUCUGUCAUCAGCAGUGUUCGCUCACUGCCCCCCUACAGUGACAUCCACGAUCCACUUAACAUUUUAGAUGACAGUGGUAGAAAACAGACCAGCUCGUUUUACACAGACACAUCAUCUCCAGCUGCAUGUCGAACUCCAGUCCUAGCUUCCAGUUUGCAAACCCCAAUUCCUUCUUCCUCAUCCCAAUGUAUGUAUGGAACUUCCAACCAGUAUCCAGCUCAAGAAACCCUGGACUCCCAUGGAACAAGCAGUAGAGAAAUGGUGUCCUGUUUACCACCUAUCAACACUGUGUUCAUGGGAACAGCAGCUGGAGGCACUUAA